CUUUCCCAGUUUUGCAAUUUGUUCUUGUCUGUGAAUCUAUUUUGCCUCUCGUUUUGGCAACAAGAGUCGGUAAUGGAAUAGUCUUUUGAUCGACUUUCGACUUUUUAGCCCCUAGGCUGACAGAUUAUAGUUUUGGUUCGAUGUAGAUGGAGAUGGAGAUAUAGAUAUAGGUUCGUGUAUGCUUUCUCUAGUACCCCCACCCCCACGCCACGCCACUCCAUAUCAUAUAACUCUUUUUUUCAUCUUCUUCUCCAAUUUCUCUCUCUAAAGCAUUCUCUCUCAUGCACAAGAUGAAGAACGUCCAAGAUGAAGAAAAACAGAAAAUAAUUUCAUUUUUUAAGCUUAUAAAUUCCCAAGGAUAUCUUCAUAGUGUCAUAUACUUUCUUAUCUUCGGUUCUGGCUUAGUCAUUGGAAUUACGUUAAGUUUUUAUCUCAAAGACUUGCCCUUAAACUUGCCACUUAAGGAAUUCUCCAACAUCGAAUCCCCACCACCUUCUCCACCACCGCCGCCGCCGCCGCCACCACCAUAUCUGCCGCCUACACAACCAAUUGCAGAUAGAGUCGGAUUGGAAGAAUUUCUCAAACCAUCACCACCUAUGCACGAUAUGACGGAGGAAGAACUCCUAUGGCGAGCUUCCAUGGUGCCACGGGUACGCGGUUUUCCUUUCAAGCGUACCCCAAAAGUUGCAUUCAUGUUCUUAGCCAAAGGGAUUCUGCCAUUGGCGCCUCUGUGGGAGAAAUUUUUCAGAGGAAAUGAAGGAUUUUAUUCCAUUUAUGUGCAUUUUUUGCCUUCCUUCAAUGGAACAAUACCUGAAGAUUCAGUAUUCCAUGGCCGGAGUAUUCCAAGUAAGAAAGUACAAUGGGGAGAAUUCAGCAUGGUGGAAGCAGAACGCCGCCUCGUCGCCAAUGCUUUACUUGAUAUCUCAAACCAAAGAUUUGUUCUUCUCUCAGAGGCAUGCAUCCCUUUGUUCAACUUCAACACCAUCUAUACUUACCUCAUCAACUCAAAACAUUCAUUCGUCGAAUCUUACGACCAGUGGAGUCCGGUCGGCCGCGGCCGAUACAACAAGCGGAUGAAGCCACUGGUCAAAAUUGAGCAAUGGCGGAAGGGCGCUCAAUGGUUUGAGAUCGAUCGCGAUUUGGCCAUCGAAUUCGUCUCGGACCGAAGAUUCUUCCCAUUGUUCAAAAAAUACUGCCGGCCUCCAUGCUACUCGGAUGAGCAUUACUUGCCCACAUAUAUUACCAUGAAGUUUCCAAGGAAAAAUUCUAACAGGACUUUGACUUGGGUUGACUGGUCAAAGGGUGGGCCCCAUCCCACAAAAUUUUUGAGAACAGAGGUUACUGUGGAUUUGUUAAACAAGAUGAGGAGUCAAAAGCAAUGCACUUACAAUGGGAAGCCCACAAACAUUUGCUAUUUGUUUGCCAGGAAAUUUACACCAAGUGCUUUAGAUAGGCUACUGAGGUUUGCUCCUAGUUUCAUGAAUUUUGGUUGAAAGAUAAGAUUACACAUAUAAAUUUAACAUUGAUUGAUGUAUUUUUA